AUGUCAAAAGAUGUGGAGAUUGGGGAUCGUGUCACCUCAGAGGACCUGGACUUGGAUGAUUUUGACGAGGAAGAGGAUCUUGGAUGGUCAUGGAACUACUUGGCUGUUUGCAUUCUCCUACCCCUCUUUAAUGGCUUCAACAAUGGCUAUGCAUGGGCCGGCAUCUCUCUUCACUAUGUGGACAUGGGCUGGCCUAUUUCAAGGGCCGGAUGGGCAUGCUGUAUUGGUUUUACCUCACGUUUGAUCUUUCAGCAAGUCAUGAUGCGGGGAGGCUUUUGGGUGGUGGUGCCACUGGGCCUGCUGCAUUUGGCGGCUGCGAUCAUUGGCGUCAUCUAUAGCACUGAGGAGUGA